AUGCUUUCUCACGAAAACCUGCGCAAAGCUGGUGGGUCGUGGUGGCGUCCAUUAAUACGAUCCUGGAGUCCAGUUUGGAGGCGAAUAUCUCAGGCUACACUUUCCUCCGAUUUUGGAACAACGGGCAAAAUUGAAGAUUGUCCUAGAAGCGGGAGACUAGCGAUUGCUAAUGCGAAGAUGGUUGGUCCGAGAGAGAAUACGAAAGAAUUCCAAAAGAAACAUAAGGAAAAUGGUUCGAGAGCUCAACACCCCCGAAAGAAUUGUGAGGAAACGUUUUGGACUCCGCAGCCUGAAAAUGCAGAAGAUCCAUGCGUUGACGAAACAAAUGAAGGCUACACGAUUCCAAAAAUGACGCACUCUGAGGCAAUUCACAACGGCAGAGACAGCAGAGACAUUCUUUUCACGGUUGAGAAGAUAUUCACGAUAGAACAAAUGUACAACCACCAAAAUGACUGA